AAAAAAAAAAAAAAAGUAGAUCAAAUGGGUUUUUUAUUUUUCCUGGAAACACACGAUUCAGGUUGUGUGUUUGCAGGAGCUGUCUUGGCCCUGUGUUCUCAUCCUGACAUCAGCACUGCUGCUGCCUGCCAGAGCCAGGAGCCAGAGGGGAGCAUCCUCAUGCAGGAUGUUUGGGCAGAGCUGGCAGCAGCACCUGGACUGUGAGAGAAACCAUGGGUCAAAUGAACACCUAAAACACAGAGGAGGCAGGCACAAGGGAAAAGCUCUGUGAUUGUGCCUCCAAAGGGUCCAGGGAACAGGAGAUGUGGAGGGCAUGGGGCUCUCCCCAUGGACAGAGCUCCCCAUGCCCUGCCCUGCUCCUCUCUUCCCACAGCAGGAGGCACCAACUCCAAGCUUUCAUUCUCAGGACAGGGAAAGCUCUGCCCUCAUUGCUGAGAACAGCUCAUGACCCUACCCAUGAUCACAGAAGCCCGCCCAGCCAGCUGCUAUCUCUGCCUCAGUUUCCCCAAAGUUUGAUGCUCUGGGACAAAGGGAACUGUUCCUCUCCUCUUGCUGCCCUUCUACACCUCCAUAAAGCUCUGCAAGUGCCACCCCGAGCCCAGGCUGCAGGAGCCGCUGGAGUGCACAGAGGCAAAGGGAGCAGGAGCAGGGCAGGAUGGGGUCACUUCCCUGAGGGGUGCAGCCCCAAGGACCCCCCUGCUGCUGUCACUCCAGCUGCACACACCCACCAGAGCAUCUGCAAGCCGCUGCAAAGCCGUAUCUUCACCACAAGGAAACAGUUCCACACUUCACCUUCUCGGCGGCACACCCAUAACGGUGAGAUUUUACUGCACCGGCAGGAAAUAACACACGUUUCCCACCGCUUAUCUGCUCCAGCAAGCGCUUUCUGAAGUCAACAAACACACUGGUACCUUCAACACUCAGCUAACCCCCAUCCCUUCUGCCUCUUGGGCCUGCCCACCGUGUCCCCGAGCGUGGUCCAGAGGAGAUGCUCCGCCACUCCCGGGGAGGGAUGGACGCAGGUCGGGAUGGCUGGGCUGGACUCAGCCUCCCUCCUCCUCCUCCUCCUCCUCCCCACUGGCCGGUGAGAUACCAGCCUCCUCCCGCCCCUGCCCGGAUUCAAUUCCCGGAAAGCAAGCGGACGCGGUCUCUCCAGAGCCUAGCCCUUCACCUCAAGUCGUUUCCCCAAGGUCGAAAUGGCUUAUCAGGGUAAACCUCUCAUUGCUUCCACGUCAGCUUCUGCGCCUGCAGAUCCGAGUGACUUCUGGCCCCGUUUAUGCUGCAGCAGCGGCUCAGCAAUGCGAUAGGGGCUGCCCUUCCUCGGGGUCUGCUUUGGGGUCGCUGCUUUUAGUCCUUGGUCCGGUUUCGCAUUAUCUGGGUGCCUCCUGUGACGGGAAAGGAAGGGCACAGCCCGUCUCACGUCCUCCCUGCACGGGUCUGGAACCGCUGGAAGAAGGAACGGGGAAAGAGUUUUUGUGCUUGGGGAGGAGAUGGAAGUAGGCAGCAGGAGCAGCUGUAGGGAGGGGGCAGCUCUUGAGCAGGGCUCACUCUGCCUGUGCUGGGGCAGCCAGCCCGGUGCAUCUCUGCCUGCUGGCACUGCCCGCGGCACCGGCGAUGGCAGCAGGAGCCCCAUGGAACACUUCCAGUGCCCUCCCGGUAUUUGUGAGCCUCGCAGCCAGGAGACAGGCUGCCAGGAAUGGCAGGGAGAGCGGCUCAUGGGGUGCAAGCUUCCAUCCCCCGGUGUGGAUAACUGGGAGGUUUCUCCUGACCGCCAGUGGGACAGAGCAGGAACAGGCUGAAAGCUUUGGCUCUCCUCCUCAGGCAUCCCUGUGCCUCCUGCCUUCCUCCUGCUCCCUGCAGGCACCCCAAACGAGCCGGGGGUGACCCCGGCUCGGAGCGGGCUGGGGGAGGCGCCGGGGGAGUGGCGGAAGCCGCUCGGCCGAGGCUGCUCUCGGCACAUCCUCCCCGUGUCCCGGGGAAAGUCCAGCGCCCUGAAGCCCCGGGCCGGGCUCAGCCGGAGAGGAGAGGCGAGGGGAGCCGCAGCCUGUGCCGGAGGACACGGAGCUGCCGCGGCACCGGUGCCCCCGAGCUCUGCCACCCUCUGCCACCCAGGCACGGCUAGCACAGUCCCCGAUGGCCGCGGACGCUCUCUCCACGUGGCCCGGCAAUGGCACUCGGGCUCUUUGCCCCGUGGAUUCCGCCUUCGCCCAGCGCUUCCUGCCAGCCGUGUACCUGACCGUGAUCCCCCUGGGGCUGCUGGGCAACGGGCUGGGGCUGUGGCACCUGUGCACGGGGCCCCGCGAUGGUGCCCGCCAGCCCCUGAGCCUGCUGGUGGGCAACCUGGGGCUGGCCGACCUGCUCUAUGUCAGCACCCUGCCCUUUCUCGUCAGCUACUACCGCCAAGGCAGAGUGUGGAUCUUCGGGCAGCCCUGGUGCCGCAUCACCCGCAGCCUCUUCCACGUCAACCUCUACGCCAGCAUCGGCUUCCUCACCUGCAUCAGCAUCCACCGCUACCUGGGCAUCGUGCACCCGCUGAAGGUGCGGGGCAGGUGCCGGGGUGCCGCCUCCUCCGUGUGGCUCAGCGUGGCUGUGUGGCUCUGGGUCAUCGCACAGAUAGCUCCCGACCUCGCCUUCAGCAAAGCAGACGGCAACAGGACGGAGUGCCACGACACGACGGGACAGGAGCACCUGCACGUUUACUUGCCCUACACCUUUGCUGUCACCGUGACGGGCUUUGUCAUCCCGUUCCUCAUCAUCAUCGGCUGCUACUGCCACGUGGUGUUCGUGCUCUGCAGGAAUGACAGCGUGGACGCCAGCCUCAGGAGGAGAAGCAUCGGGCUGGUGAUCCUCGUCAUGGUUCUCUUUUCCAUCUGCUUCCUCCCCUAUCACAUCUUCAGAAACCUCAACCUGUUUUUUCGCUGGCGGCCACCAGGGUCCUGCACACAGGCUUCAAAGGAUGUCUAUGUUUCCUACCAGGUGACUCGGGGCCUGGCCAGCCUCAACAGUGCCCUCAACCCCUUGCUCUAUGUGAUCACCAGCAAAGACUGGAGGUCACGAGUGAGAAGCAUCAGCCAAAGUGCCAGACAGUGUCUGAGGCCACCCUUCCGGAGCAAAACCUCUGGCCAGGCAGCUGAGGAGAAGAGGAACGACAUUCUUUGUAAGGGGGAGGCUUCUAACGAGCUCUGAGGUACCUGACACCCCCCUGCUUCUGCCACAUCAGCUUGUGCUUGGCACCUCCCUGGGGGCAGCCCCCACCUGCUUUGCAGAGAUGGUGACAGCAGCAUCAUGGGCUCUGUGCACACAAGGGACAGGCAGGACUGUCAGCAUCUGAGAGAAAACUGGGACCAGAUUUCAGAAGCAAAACUACUCAACCCGACUAUUUUGGCUAUGGAAAGAGAUGAUCACGUUUGCUCCAGUCCACAGUAUUUCCCUCCAGCCCCUGCUGCAGCAGGCUGAGCUGGUUAACAUCCCCUUGCUUCCCAGCUCCUGUGUGACUGAGGGAUGGAGGGAGUGACACCUUGUCCCUCCACUGCAUCCUCCCUCCUCUACUGUACAUGGGUUUGAGACAGCAUUCCCUCUUUAGCCUAAGGAGAGGUCCUGCAUUGCAGAGCAGCUGAGAGGGGAAAUUUUUGCAGUGGAGGAAGAGCUUUGGAAAUAGAAAUAUUCAUUUAAAAAUCAGGUUUUAAGUACAUUACCAAGCUGUGCCAGUUCCUGGGUGAUUGAGCUGUUUCAGGAUCUGUGAGAUCCUCUACUGCCCACCUCCUUCGCAGAAGAAAAAGACAUUUUUGGCAUCACUUCCUCUCUUUUGGAAGAGCACAUAGCAGAACUAACAAAUGGGCAUUUUAAAGUUUUUGGAGGCUAUUGGUUGGGGUUUUAUUUUGGAAGGUGAAUGACUGCAGUAGCCUGAACUCCUGCUUUAAGCAGGAAAAUGCCAAGGUAGAGUUUGCAAAUCUUCAGGUGGAUGCUUGCAUCUUGCAUCCAGCCUUGAGAUGGCAUUAGAUAUGACUUGUAAAAAUUGGAUGUGCAAAUAAAAAGAGAAGUAGCCCUGGCAUGAAGGCUUGUGAAGGCAGGAUGUGAUGGUGAGAUUUAUCAUCACCAGGGGUGACAGAUCUCUGCUGUUAAGGUUAGCAGAGGCUCCCAAGCAGUAUUUUCAUUUUUAUCUCAGUGUUACCCACUAUGGCCAGCUCAAACACUUUGAUUCAAUAAUGUGAUUUGCAGCAGCAGCAGCUUUUGGAGGCCAGCUGAAGGAAGUGGACUGUGAGUUAAAAUGAGCCCUUUCUGGGAAAGCACUGGCCCAGGGACGGAUGUUGUGCUCUUUUCCUGACAUUUAUCUCUGUCAGCUGCUCCUACAUAGACCCACCUUAGCUGGGCAGAGGAGGGAGCACAGCUGGCUUUCAGUGCAGUUAAUAUGUCUGCAGUGCAAAUAAACACCUCAUGCUUUCACUUGUGAGUUGUCUGCCUUCUUUUAAAGCUUUAUGGGGGCCUGGGAGCCAGCUGGCCUGCGGGCUGGAGCAGGGGCCUGCCUGCUCAGGGAGUGGUGAUGAUCUUCCCAGUGCUCUGCAGACAGAAAACUGCUGGGAGGCUGCAGGCAGCCAGUGGGAAGUGAUCUGUGACAGGCACGCACUGAGGAGUCAGCUCAGCACCACUCACGGGUCCAGCAGAGCCUGAAAUGUCUAGCUCCCACCUCAUCCAGAGGAAAACCAAAAAUAAAGCAUAAAUUCACCAACGAGAUCUUCUCUCUCUGUAGCAGGAAGAUUGAGACAUUAGGAUCAGACCUAGUCCCUGCUCCUUGGACAUGUGCUCCAGAUCUGGGCUUCUCCAGAGCUCUGAACUCUUCUCCUUUCCUCAAAAAACACCCACGCCUCUGAAAGCUGUCCAGCUCUUUCAUCUUCACACAUGGAUCCUGUCUAAGAUGCUACAGUUCCCCCCUCAAAACCUCCCAGGGCUCUUUAUCCCUGGAACCAGAGGGUGGGAUUGUGCCUGGACCAACCAGGGCAGCACCCAGCCUGUCCCAGGUGCCACCUGUGGCCUGGGAAGAACUUUUGGGACUGGGUAAACAGGCAAGGAAGGCAGAGAGCAAUCAUAAUUGUUCUUUCCCUUCUCCCAACAUUAUGCCAGACAUUGGCAGGGCCACCCACAAGCAUUUUCUGCUGGCAGGAAGGGGCCGGUGACACUGGAGAAGCUGUGCCAUGGUUACCUCCUGAAUCAUCACCCCUUUUGGGCUCCUGCCUUAUGGCCAGCUGAACAUUCCCCUUUCCCUCCCUUGGCUAUCUGUUGCCAGACUCUGAAGAUGUCUAAAAGCAAGUGAGAGGAAUCCCACCUGCACUCUCUGCUCUUCCCACAGCCUCUCUGCUGCAGCAGCAUGGAGCAAUGGUCUUCUCUGCAAAAUCAAGCUGAAACCAGAUUUUUAACUCCUUUUUCAAAAUUAGACCCAACCAAUAAAUCAAACAUGGUGGGAAUUCUCUUCCUGACACUAAUGGGAUCAGGAUCAAGCCUGGAAAUUUGGCAGCAUUUCUUGCUUCAUUAAAUAAACCGCUCUUGGCUGAGGAUAUGUUGCAAAUGCAGUCAAGGUUUGUUAUGUUACUGAGAACUUUUGAGCUGACAGCCCAGGGAAGCCAGUCAGGCAGAAAUAUCAGGCACACAUACAGAUGCACAGAUGUACAACCACUUUUUUCCACAAAAAUGCAGAACUGGUUUGGUUUUUUGGCAUGCAAAACACUCUACAAGAAGGAAAUAUUGCUAUCAGCAACAUCUAAAUGCAUAGAACUCAACUCUGAUUAAUUCUUUAUUUCAUUUUGCACACAUUAGAUAAAAUCAGGCUCUGACUCAGUUCAGGGGUUUUGAUAUGGCCAGUGGAGCCCUGAUUGCUGAACAAGUGUGGGUUGGCUGCCCUGUGCUGAGGAUGUGGGCUCGUGCCUUUGUGUCAGAGACUUCACAGCCCGGGAGAGGGGAGCUGCUGCACACAGGGCUGGGGGUGCUGGGGACAUUUCUGGGGCACUGGCAUGGUGCAGGGGCCCCUGUUGGACAAACAGGCCAUGGCCAUAACAUGAGAACCCUCAGCCCAGAGCAUGUGUGAAGCUGGAGGAGAAGCAGCCAGAGCAGGAGGCUCCCACAGGAUUUGGGUCCCCAUUGCUGCAGGCACCCAACAGUAGGACUUUGGUGGAGCAUCUUUUACAGCGUGGUGGGAGGCUGCAUUGUGCACACAAAAAGGGGAUGAGUCACUCAGGUCACUGAUGAAAGGUCACAGCAUUCUCAGAUUCUGUGAGAGCCAUUUAUUUCUUCAGCAAAACAAUUUCAUUGCUGAAGUACCUUUGGCUGCAGUGACAACAGACCUGACAGGUUAUCUUAUUUACCAAGGGUAUCGAUCAGACUGGGAAGGAAUAGUAGAUGCAAUUAUCCAGGUGAGCUCGGAAAAAUAGUAAAUAUACCUGCCACUGGGGUGCAGUUGGUGGAUAUUUUAAUAAAAGAGAAAAAGCUGAGUCUUUGUCUACACUACACAGAGUGCUCUGGCAUCCGAGGGACCAACAGCUUGUGCAGAAGAGAGCAAAUCACAGAAAUAGAACAACACUUAGCGUGCCUGCGUGAAGCCAUCAGUCCAGUGCCCCUCCUGCGGUGCCUGCAGUUAUAAAUAGGUGAUGGAUGCCGUGCUGCGCGGACCGGGGCGGCGGGAGGGCAGGAGCGCUCGGCGGCUCCGGCCCCGCUCGCAUUUGUAUGUGCGCUGCACAGCGACUGCGGUGCACCCUGCGGGCACCGAGCUGUCCUCGAGGACUCGCCCAGCCCACGUUUAAAAGAGUUGUGGCAUUUUUUACGCCGUUCCUUUAAAUAUCCCCCGCAGCAAAGAGCUCCUUGCCCCGGAUCGCUGCUCGAGGCAGGCGCCAGCACAGGAGCGGGGCAGUGAGAAAGCCCCGGGAGAUGCUCGGUGCACCACGACCUGUGCUGCCUCCUCAGCACCCUGGGAGGAAGCUAUCAUUUGAAUUUUGCCCAACACCUCCGUUCUGUCAUGAGCAGGAGACGCUCAGAUCCGAUCUGGCUCCCUGAAGAGCCCUUCGUGCCAACGCACAGCCCAGCCAGCGUGAAAUUCUUCUGCUUGUUUGGGCUUAUGGGCAAAAAGUUUACCCUAAGGAGCAUCAGAGAGCUCCCAGGCUUUCCAAAGGCACCACAGCUCCUCCUUGGAGAGGCUGCUUCCGUGCUGUGCUCAGGACAUCCAAGGACAGGAGACAGAUUAACCCUGUCCUGGCUGCUUUGCUCAGAUGUCGAGGUGCAGGGGUGCACAUCUGUGCCCAGUAGAGGUGGGGAGAGCACCCACCACAGAUCUCAGUCUGCUCCUACCAGCACAGCCCAUCCUGCAGAACUCCUGUGUGUCCAGUUCAGGCAGUGGGGGACAGUCCCAUGGCAAUGGGGAGCUGCUGGCACGGAGGAGAGCUCCGGGGCAGUUCACUGGUGGGGGUGCCAAGAGCCAGGAAUUCUCACUGAAUGAAGUGUUACUUGCUUGGGAGGCACAAACCCCUCUUUGAAAGUGUGUAGUGCUGACCACACAGUGCCAUGCUGAGAGCCCAGAGGAGAUGGGGUGCAGUUCCUUUGGGAUGCAGCUUAUCCAUGAGCCUGGGGCUAUCCAAGACCCCAGCAGGUCUGCACUACCCAUCAUGAGAUGCUGCAGCUUCCUCAGGGCUGUUGGAGGAAAGAAUCUUUCUGCGUGCAAAGCUGAAACAGCAGAUCCAUGCCUGUAGCCACUAUCCCACUGCUCUGAGCUGGGAUGUGGGAAAAGCUCUGGCAGGGUGCCCCAGGGCAGACACCAUCAGCACAAGGGCCACAGUGAGGCAAAGGGGCUUCAUGAGCUGAAACUUUAUUUUCCUUUCCAGUGGGGCUUGUAGAAGCAGAAAGUGGCUCAUGGACAAAGCAGCAGAUUCAGCUGGGAGUAAGGACACAUCCUCUCCCAAAGGCAUAGCACAGGAUGAGUGGUGGACUUGCAGCCACUCCUGCCAAUCCCAGACUGGGGAAGGUUCUCAUUGCCUCCAUGAAGGGGGCUGCUCACACGUGGUUCUCAAGCCAGAAACCCCCAAAUGGCCAUCCUUGAGCCUGUGUGGAGAUGCCCAAGGGAUACCCAGAGCAUCACCUCCUGUCAUUGCCUCAGCUCCUGCCUCAAGAGACACACAAAAGUCAGUUAAAUGUUUCAGAUCACAGAAAGCUUCUGGUUUAUUUCUCCAUUUACCUCAGGUGGUUUGUCUGCCUCCAAAAAAGCCUAUUGUUAAUUUAAUUCCCUCUGACACAUUCAUGGCAAAUCUGGUGUCCCAGUGCCUGGAACAGCUGGGAUUCCUGUGCCAUGGUUUGCUGUGUCCCAGAGACACCACACAGCCCCUGGGCAAGGCUGGAAAGGAAGGGCCGGGGCUGGAGCAGGAGACAAGCAGCUGGGCCAAGCAAACACAGGGAUGUUUUUGCAUUUGCAAUGCAGAGAGGAUCUGUCUUAUCUCCCCAAUUAGUCCUUCCAGAGAAAAGCCUGGAGAGAAAUAGCUGGAAACUCUUUGUAUAUAAACAAGACUUAGUAAAAUCUGCAGUUUUAAGGUGGAGGAAGAAAUACAUCCCUAAAACGGUGCUUACACUGCAAGAGAAAAGAUAUUUCAUUUUGUUCUGCUCAUUCCCCACUGGGAACCUGCUGUGCUGUCAGGCAUAGGCAGCAGGAACACUUUCACAGGGCAUUUACAGCUCCCUUGGCUGGGAAAUCGCUUGUGGCCCCAAACCCAGAGCUGUUCUGGCCACUGGAGGGUGGGACCAGCCAUGGAGCAUCGCUAGCAGGGGAAGAAAAAUGAAUCUGGGAGGAAUCAAACCCUGCACUGAAAUAAGGCAGUGCCUGGCUGGGAAGGUCAAUCAGCCUCUCAGCACCGGUUCUUCAGAGAAAAACAGGAAAGGACAUCUUGAGUUUUACUAAUAAAUGCACUUUUCUCCGGUUGAAGUCGUGGGGCAGCGGGUUAUUUUUAGUAUCGAAAGGAGCCAUUUGCUGUAAACUGUCUGCCCGGGAAGCGGAGCCCAGGGGGCCGCAGACGGGACUGCGGCA